AAAGCAACUCUGAAAUCUUGGCUGCUGCUCAGUGCACUUUAAAGGCACACCCCGCCCAUCCUCCACCCGCAACGAGACCUCCAACAUGCCGCCCAACGCAAAGGUAGCCAGCAAGCCCAAAGCAUCCGAGACUUCUAAGCCCCCACAAUCAACUACCACUGGCGCCACUCCUGCUGCUAGCACCUCCCACACCGCCCCUCCAACAGCAAUCAACCACCCAGCUCUCCCUACCCAACCGGGAAACCCCCAGACCGAUCACGACCGCUCCCAGACCCGCUUUUCCCUCUCGGCCCUCUCACGAGCAGACCAGGUCGCCUGGCUCGCCGCGCGCAUCGCCUCCCGCCUGGCCGCGAGACCGGCUCUGUCGUCCGGGACCACCACAACCACUACUGCUACCGCUACCACCGCCGCCACCGUAGCGAGGCUAGCCUGUGGCGGAGGCCCCAAGACGCUUAAGGAGGUCUGGCGGGUCGUGAAUGAGAGGAGCGCGCCGUUGCGGGCGCCGAGGCCGAAGGGUCGUAAGGCAGUAGAGGAGGAGGACGAGGAGGAGGAGGAGAAGAAGAAGAAGAAGAAAGAGGAGAAGGAGGGGCUAAGAACCGGCGAGGACGAGGCGAGGUGGGAGCGAAAGGUGGUGCUGAGCUGCCUGGCGGUGCAGAGCUGCUGUUUCCGGGCGAGACGGGAGCGCGAGAGGCAAGGGCAGGCGGAGGAGAAGACCGGGGAGGCGGCCGUCGUGACGGAGCAGGAGGUGUUCGAGGAGACCAGGCGGCGGAGGGAGAUGGCUGCGCUGAGGAAGGAGCUGUACGGUGGCGGGGUGGGCAAGGCCGGCAAGCUGGCGGCCGACCCGGAGUGGGAUGAUGUCCAGCCUGUCGUGCUCGAGGAGCCGGAGGGCGCGCUGGCCGCGAUCGCGUAUCCUGCCGAUUAUGCUGAGGCCAUGGCCUACCUUCGCGCCGUGAUGCAGGCCAAGGAGUACUCGCCGCGCUGCCUGCGCCUGACCGAGCACAUCAUCGCCAUGAACCCGGCGCAUUACACCGUCUGGCUGUAUCGGGCGUCCAUCGUGUUCGCGCUCCAGCUCCCCAUCCCGGACGAGAUCACAUGGCUGAACCGCGUCGCGCUCGAGAACCUCAAGAACUACCAGAUCUGGCACCACCGCCACCUCCUCGUGGAGAACUACUACCCCACCAUCGCCUCCGAUCCGUCCGCCGUCGCUUCGUUUGCUGCCUCCGAGCGGAGCUUCCUGCAGAGGAUCCUGGCCGAGGACACAAAGAACUACCACGUCUGGUCGUACCGCUCCUACCUGGUCAACAAGCUCGACCUGUUCAACGACGGCGACGAGCUUGCGUCCAUCGAGGCCAUGCUGGACGACGACGUGCGCAACAACUCGGCCUGGUCCCACCGCUUCUUCCUCGUCUUCUCGAACCCGGACUACGCCACGCCCGGCAGCGCCGCCACCGAGGCCGACCCGGGCGUGCCCCAGGCGGUGGUCGACCGCGAGGUCGAGUACGCCCAGGACAAGAUCCGGCUGGCGCCGCAGAACCAGAGCGGGUGGAACUAUCUCCGGGGCGUGCUCGUCAAGGGCGGGAGGAAGCUGGGCAGCGUGGAGCAGUUCGCGAGCGAGUUUGUCAAGGGGCUAGGGGAAGGAGGCGAGGAAGGGAAGGAGGAGGUGCUGAGCACGCAUGCGCUGGACCUGCUGGCGGAGAUCUAUGCUGAGAAGGGCGACAAGGAGAAGGCGGACCUGAGCCUGAGGAGGCUGGGCCAGAAGUGGGAUCGCAUCCGAGUCGGGUAUUGGGAGUGGCGGCGGAAGUGUCUGGAGGCGACUGCAUAGCGAAUAUAUCAGGCACCGAGUUUGUCUUGUUUCUUGUUUCUUGUCGGCUUGCAAUCCAAACGAAUAUGUCUCUUUAUUUACGGUAAGAAAACGUACUAUGUCAUACGGUGAUGAGAAAGAAGUUUGGAUUCCCCUGCUACGAAUGGUGAGGUGAUUUUUCAGU